GAGCAGUUUGGUUUGGAGGGACCGGACAGGCGGUACGGUUUAACCCAGCAUGGUGAACGUGCACUUCUCAUAAAACCUUCGCUAUAGAAUAACCGCUGCGUGACCAUGAAAUACUGCUGGAUUAUAUUCGCCACACCUUUAAUAUGCCUCCUGAUACCAGUCCGCCCCAGGCCCCACAUAUCCCCGGCGGGCCCCCACGUGGUGGUGCCCAAGAGGGGGAGGCUGGAGCUGCGUUGCCAUGACGACGAGGACGCGUCCGGCGGGCCGUGGUCGGGCGUGCGUUGGCAGCGGGACCGGGCGCGCCGGCUGGAGGGCGAGGCGGAGGAGGGCGGGGCGGUGUACGUCAGGGUGGCGGCGGCGCAGCCCUACCACAUGGGCCGCUACGUGUGUGUCAACAACAGCACCCGGGAGCACAGCUCCAUCUACGUCUACGUGAGAGACCCCCAGAGCGCCUUCCAGCGGACCAUGGUCAACAACAUCCUGGUCCGCUCCGGGGAGAACGGCACCAUCCCCUGCCUGGUCACCGACCCAGCCGUGAGCCUGCUCGCCCUGGACACCUGCGACGGGCAGCCCCUGCCCCCCGGCAUGCGUUACCAUGGCGACAGGCAGCACGGCGUGGUCAUCGGCAAGGUGCGCGAGGAAUACGAGGGCUGCUACGUGUGCGUGGGCCGCCUGGACGGGGCCGCCGUGAAGUCCGAACGCUACACACUGGACGUGAGACUCGUGCCGGCGCUGCCCCCGGCCCUGCUGCUGUCCCACCGGGACAAUGUGAUCCUGAGGCUGGGGGAGACCUUCGACCUCAGCUGCAGCUCCUCCAACGUCAACGCCGACUUCAGCCUCAAGUGGGACUUCCCCCCCGCCGCGAAACCCGUAGAGGCACACACCUCACACAUCCUAUCCGGUUCCCGUGGUUACAAGCGUUCCACCUCACUCUGGAUCGCAGCUGUCAACCAAUCGGACUCUGGCACCUUCCGCUGCCACGCCUACAACGAGAAAGGCUCUGCCUCCACAGCUGUGAGGCUUGACGUCCGCGACAGAGGUUUCAUUAUGAUGGCAGGCAGCCCAAGGCCCAGUGUGGUGCAUGUUAAAGAGGGGGAGAGCCUAAGCCUCAGGGUAGAGUUGGAGUGCUACCCAGUGCCCAACUCCCUGUCCUGGGCAUACAAUCAUAAGCUGCUGCGCAACACCACAGAGCAUGUCAUCACUCUCCACUGCAACAGAUACAGAUGCCUCACUGAACUGAAACUGGUUAGAGUCCACGGAACAGAAGGAGGGAUCUACACCUUCUUAGCCAAUCACGAAGAUGCAUCUAUCAAUCAAUCCUUCACAGUCAAAGUGAACAGCAAACCGGUCAUCAUCUCCCAGGUGGGGCCCAUUGACGGACAGGUGCGUUGCGUUGCCGCGGGAUACCCGCCCCCCAAGAUCAGCUGGUACAUCUGUGAGCUCCCUCACACGCGCUGCUCACACCUGCCCAACGCCAGCCAAUGGGAGGCUCACGAGGUUGCCAUGGUGACGCACUCUGCUUUCGGGAAGAGUGAAGUGGAGAGCCGACUGAACGUGACCAGGGAGUUUGCCCAGUACCACACCCUUGAGUGUGUGGCCAGCUCGGACCAGGAGGAGGCCUUCACACUGUUCUCCAUCAGCGAACGGACGGUUCCCCACGAGCUCUUCAGACCCCUGCUGACCGGCAUGCUGGCCACUGGCGUGGUACUAAGCCUGAUUCUGGUGGUCCUGAUCUACAAGUACUUACAGAAACCAAAGUUCCAAAUCCAGUGGAAGGUGAUAGACAGUAUCCAUGGAAACAACUACAUUUACAUUGAUCCAACCCAGCUCCCGUACGACCCCAAGUGGGAGUUUCCUCGCCAGAAACUACGCUUUGGUAACACACUUGGAUCAGGGGCCUUUGGAAAGGUUGUAAUAGCCACAGCCUACGGACUCUGCUCUGCAGAUACUGUCAUGACUGUUGCUGUCAAAAUGCUCAAACCCAACGCCCACUCUACGGAGAAGGAGGCGCUGAUGUCCGAGCUAAAGGUCCUCAGUUACCUUGGAAACCACGUCAACAUCGUGAACCUGCUCGGAGCGUGCACUGUUGGAGGCCCCACUCUGGUGAUCACAGAGUACUGUUGCUAUGGGGACCUCCUCAACUUCCUGCGCAGGAAGAAAGAGUUGUUCCUCAACACCCAGACCGGGGGCAACUACUACCGCAAUGUGCACAAACAGAGAGAGCCGGCAAGCAGAGAGGUCAUCGGCAGUGACUACAUGCCAAUGCGUCCGUCUGAGAAAGAGAGGCCUUCUGAAUCAGAUGAUAUCGAUGAGCUGUCCAUCGACGCCCAGGAUCUCCUCAGCUUCUCCUACCAGGUGGCCAAAGGAAUGGAGUACAUUACCUCCAAAAAUUGUAUCCACCGAGACCUGGCCGCCCGCAACAUUCUGCUGACCCGCGGCAGAGUGGCCAAGAUCUGUGACUUCGGCCUGGCCCGGGACAUCACCACCGACUCCAACUAUGUGCUCAGAGGCAACGCCCGACUGCCGGUCAAGUGGAUGUCCCCAGAGAGCAUCUUUGACUACGUCUACACCUACGAGAGCGACGUGUGGUCCUACGGCAUCCUGCUCUGGGAGAUCUUCUCACUGGGCAACAGUCCCUACCCUGGGAUGCAGGUGGGCUCGGCGUUCUACAGAAUGAUCCAGGAGGGCCACAGGAUGAACAUGCCCGAGUUUGCACCCACCGAAAUGUACGACAUGAUGCUGUCCUGCUGGAACGACGACCCCCUGAAGAGACCCUCCUUCCAGAAGCUGGUGGAGAGCACUGAGAUGCUGCUCUCCGAAAACACCAAAAAUCCUCUGUUGCUGUGUCCCCCUGCAGAUCUACCUGCGGCUUAGCAACGCUGCUCUCUCCCACGGGCCCCAGAGGACCCCGUCGCGGCGGCUGAGCUCCGUGUGCAGCACCACUGCCUCCACCCAGCCCCUGCUGCUCAGCGCCACAGAGGUCUUCAUGGACUAGCACGCGCGCCAGAACACGCUGUUCAACGGACAACCCUCAAACUAACAGAAUCCAACGGACACUUACCUCUAACAACCAGUUUCCCGUCUGUCACCCUUGAUCGACCUGCAUCAAGCUUCUUCUCUCUCUCUCUCUCUCUCUCUCUCUCUCUCUCUCUCUCUCUCUCUCGCUCCCUCUUUCUCCACAUCUAUCUCACUCUUUCCUUUUCUCGUACCUCAUACAUUUCCACCUCACAAGGCUGCAGUCUCUCAGCGCUCCGGCCCCUGUCUCUCUCCUCUUGAAGUUAUUGAUUCCUGCCGCGUUUAUUUCAGGUAUGCGUCUCUCAUAAGGCUGACUCCUGCACCGACUCCAUUACCGUCUGUCACAGGGUCCAGCUGCAUCAAUCAACUAGGAGCCCGCUCCAUUUUUAGCUUUGUCUUGUGCCUAGCGCUAAGAAGUUAGGAUGCUUGGGUAGUAGCACUCCUCCGACCUGACCUUGGAGAGAGAAAUGACCUCAGACCCUGAAGGAAUGGAGUGACACAAAGUCAGGAGUGGUGUUUUUUGUAUGUAUUUUUGCAUCCCUCUGCGUAAACAAGUGGUUUAUUUUCUCUUGUUGUCGGUAUUCCUUCGAGUACUUCUCUAUCGGCCUUAUAAAACCAAAUGUUCAGCA